AUGGCCCCCUCUCAGCUCCCCCCGAUCUUCAACCCCACCUCCCAGGACAUUGAGAUGCUCCUCGCAGCUCAGUGCCACCUCGGGUCCAAGAACCUCCAGUCUCACAUGGAGCCUUACCUCUGGAAGACUCGCCCCGACGGUGUCAAUGUCAUCAACAUUGGCAAGACCUGGGAGAAGAUCCUCCUCGCUGCCCGUAUCAUCGCCGCCAUCGACAACCCGGCCGACAUCUGUGUCAUCUCCGCUCGUCCCUACGGCCAGCGUGCUGUCCUGAAGUUCGCCUCCCACACCGGUGCUACCGCCAUUGCUGGUCGUUUCACCCCCGGUAACUUCACCAACUACAUCACCCGCUCUUUCAAGGAGCCCCGCCUGAUCAUCGUCACCGACCCUCGCACCGACGCCCAGGCCAUCAAGGAGGCCAGCUACGUCAACAUCCCCGUCAUUGCCCUUUGCGACACUGACUCCCCCACCGACUUCGUCGACGUUGCCAUCCCCACCAACAACAAGGGUCGCCACGCCAUCGGUCUCGUCUGGUGGCUCCUUGCCCGUGAGGUCCUCCGCCUCCGUGGUACCCUCGCUUCCCGUGAGGUUGACUGGGACGUCGUUGUUGACCUGUACUUCUACCGUGACCCCGAGGCUGAGGAGAACAAGGAGGUCGUCGAGGAGAAGGUUGCCAGCGCUGAGGAGGUCGGUGCUGGUGCCAUCGAGUCCGGCUUCGCUGGUGACAACUGGGAUGUUGCCGGUGCCGGUGCCGGUGUUCCUGGCACUGCUUUCGCUGCUGCUAGCGCUGCUGCUGGUGCUGCCAGCUGGGAGGCUGAGGGUGGCGACUGGGCUGCCAGCUCUGCCGCUCCUGCUGGUGAGAGCUGGGCUGAGGCCCAGCCCACCGAGGCUAAGUGGUAA